AUGCACCAGACAGUUAUAGGCCUGAAGGAAGAAGACCAGGAAUCCAACAAGUACUUCAGCAUCGCUAGUGUUCCAAGGAGCAAGGUGAAACUCAGUAACCUGAACAGCCCGCGUACCAAGCGCAUAGCUAUCUCUGCUCACAAGGCAAUGCGCCUCCAUGUAGCCACAGUUAACAGCUUUCCUUCAGCUUUGGACAGGGAGGAGUUCUGCUGGGACCUACUGGUGUCUAGCACUAGGGACAAUGAGGUGUUGUGGGAGAAGAUGUCGCUCAUUCAAAGUGAUGAUAACUUGAAAGCUUACUUGAUAGACUAUACUUGGAAGGCUGCCAGCCAACUUAGAGGGGAGUUUGUAGCCAAAGCCUGCAUCAGUGUCCCCAGUACCUAUGGAAUAGGAGAGCUAAAGCAUGAGGAGUUGGAGAACACUAUCAAGUGGAUGUUGGAGGAGGCGAGAUUCAUACACGGAGGAAUUGAUAUCAAGGUAAUGGGGUCCCAAGGAGAAGGAAGAAAGUGGGGGCAGAAGAAAAAUUCAUUUUUCAACAAUAUACCCAUCCUUGCAUUGAUAUCAAGUGCAGUUGAAUGUGUUUUAUUAGGUAUCAUGAGAGGACAUCCCAUGGACUUUUCUGAAGCGCACUUUAGACCUAGAUGGGAUCACUAUGUGAGCCUCCUGGAGAACUUUGAAAAGGAAUGUCCUAGCUACCUAGAGAUGAUUUGGGAUGAAUUGAAGGAAGGGGUUCAGACUGGUAACAUUCCUGGUGCGGCUGAAGACGCUCCUACCACCACUUUCAAUUUCUCUGCUCUGGAGACUGCUGGACGUGCAGCAAAGGCUAGGAAAUCUGGUACUGAGUAG